UCUUAAAAUUUUUAUCGCCCGCACCAAAGUUUAUCUACGCCGCUGUUAAAAGCGGUUUGGUUUGUCUUCGGAAAUGGGAAUUUUCAACAUAAGUAUAUAAAUAAAAGGAAGCAAAGUGGUCAAGUUACUUCUUGUUGUUGUUCGACAUUCCUACAAAUCACAUCAAAAUAGAAAGUUGAUUUUGAAGAAGUUAAAAUGAACCAAUUAACGAUAAUAUUUAUUGCAACCCUUGCUUUGGGUGUGAGUUGUUUACCUCCCAGAGUUAAACGCCAAUUUGACUGGAACACAUUCAACAACCCCGACCAAUACUGGGACUCUAACAAUGCCAACACUAUCCGCAUACCAAGACAAAGAAGCCAGGAAUCUUGGGGCAGGAGGAAUCAGGGUUCGAACACGAACUGGAAUCAACCAAGCGGCAGACAACUCCCUCAAAAUUUUAAUAACGGCAAUCAAGGAUUUAACAACCCGUCUGACACAGACUUUGGGACCGGUUUCAAUCAAGGAUUCAACAACCCAUCCAACACAGAUUUCUCAGACAUUUUCAAUCAAGAUUUGAAUAAUGGAGCUAGUUCUACUGUCUCUCCCAGUUCCGAUGGAACCACCAGGGUUCCGGCUGCGUACAGGACCUGCAUGGGCGCCUGCCAGUACACCAGGGAGUACAAUCCCGUUUGCGGCAGUGACGCCAAUACCUACAACAAUCGACAGGAACUCGAAUGCGCCAGGAGCUGCGGAAGAAAUACUCAAUUAGUAAGAGGAGGAACAUGCCAACCAGUUUAAGUCCAAUUUGUUUUAUAACUGUACCUAGACUGAUAAUUGUAUUUAUUAAUUCAUUGACAUAAUAAUGAUACUUAUGUAAAUCAUCAACGAAUUGCCAGUGAUAAAAAUGUGCCCUUUUUAUUAUUAUUUAUAAAUAUGUGCUUUGUGUAAUUUUAUAAUUUUCAUGUGAAUAUCUAUUACACCUUUUAAUAAAAUUUAACAAUA